AUGGAAGUUCGCGACGUGGGCCCGGACAUGACAUUGAAUGAAUUCGUCCGCACCAAGACAGAGUUUACAGGAACUAAGCUGGCCUGCGGUGAAGGUGGGUGCGGUGCAUGUGCGGUCAUGGUCGCUCGGUACAACCCUCUCACCAGCACCAUCGACGAGCGUUCGCUCAACUCCUGCCUGCUUCCGCUCGCCUCCUUGCACCUCGCCGCCAUCACCACCGCGGAAGGCCUCUGCUCCGCGUCCCGCUCGUCCCCCGCCGACCUCCCCGCAGCCAACGGCGGCGCAGGCGCACCCGCACCCUCCGGCGCAGCCAAUGGCGCAGGAAAAGACGCGGGGCUGAAGCAGCAGCGGGACCCGCACACGUGUCACAAGGGCGGUCGCGCGGAGCAGCCUCACGCGGUGCAGCAGCGGCUGGCGGGGUUCCACGCGUCCCAGUGCGGCUUCUGCACGCCUGGUAUGUCCAUCGCGCUUUACGCUGCCGUCCGCCGCCGGCGCGCGGGAGCCUCCGGGGAGGGAGUGGAGGCGGUGAGUGGGCUGACGGAGCAGGAGGUAGAGGAGGCAAUGGCUGGGAACCUGUGCCGCUGCACCGGGUACCGGCCUAUUCUCGACGCCUGCAAGAGCUUCGCCGGGGCGAACGGUAGUGCGGCUGCAUCAGCAGCUGCAGCAGAAGCAGCAGGGGGGUUGAUGGAUUUGGAAGAGCUUGGGUCUGUUGGUGCUGCAGGAAUGCGCUCCUGUACGGUGCUAGAUAUCAGUGAGUUUGCCCCUGCUGCGAUCUCCGCUCAGUCGCACGGCGAGGGGGAGUGUGGCGGGAAGGACAGCAGCGGCGGAAGCGGCGGCGGCGGGAAGUGCAGCAAGAGCGGCAGUGGAAAGUGCAGCGGGCUGUGCGGCACGCCUCGCAAGCCACUCCCGCGCUACGAUCCCACCUCCGACCCGCCGUUCCCCGCCUGGCUCACCGCGGAGACCCAGCGCCAGCUCAGCGCGCAGCAGAAGCAGGCAGGAGGGGGAGAUAAGAUGCUUGGGUGGGAAGUCUGGGAGGAGUCAGGCGUGGGAGAAGCGGCGGGCAGGGGCAGCGAUGGGGCGAAUGGAGAGGCGAGUGCGGCGGGAGAGGGGGAGGCGGGGGAGCAGGCGGAGGAGGUGAAGGGUGAGAGGAAAGGAAGGAAGGUUGCGUGGGUGGCGUCGAGAAGUCUCGACGAGCUGCGAUCUGUGCUGUUGGGAGGCAAGGGGAAAGGAGGAGCGGGUGAUGGUGGGGAGAAAGAGGUUCGGCUGGUGGUGGGCAACACUGCGGUGGGUGUGUAUCCUGAGCUGGGUCGCUAUGAUGGCGUGGCUCGUGUGACUAGAGUGGACUUGAAACACCUUCCUGAGCUGCAGCGCGUGGCGUGGGAAGAAGGGCCGGGUGACGAGGAGAAUGAGGGGGGCGAAGGGGGCGCGCGUGUGGUGGGGGUUAGAUUCGGUGCUGCUGUGUCCUUGGCCGAUGUGAUUGCUGUGCUGGACACAGUAGCAGGGAAGGGCACUGGUGCUUCCACAUCAGCAGCAGCGGAGGUGUUUUCUAGUGUGGCGGCUCACCUGCGCAAGGUAGCAGGGCCGCACGUGCGCAACGCUGCCAGCAUCGGUGGCAACCUGGUGCUGGCCGCCUCUCAGCGCGCCUUCCCUUCCGACGUUGCCACGCUCCUGCUCGCCCUAAACGCCUCUGUGCGCACCGCCACACCCACCCCCACUGCUGCGUCCGGCGCAGGAGGAACAGCAGGAGGAGCAGGAGGCAGUGAGGGGUGGGCGUGGGAGGAAGACUCUUUGGAGCAGUUCCUGCUGCGCGGUCCUCUGCCCAGCACCACUCUGCUGCACUCCGUCUUCCUGCCCUGCCCCUCGCUCCCUCCCUCCGCCGCCUCUGCAGGCCAGCAGCUGGUGUUUGACUCCUUCCGUGCGUCUGUCCGCCCCUCGGGCAACGCCUAUGCGUACGUCAAUGCCGCCUUCCUCCUUCGCCUCACCCCCACUUCCUCCUCCUCCUCCUCCUCCUCCUCCUCGUCCCCCAUCAUCCACUCCGCUCGCCUGGUCUUUGGGGCGUUUGGCAGCCCCCACGCCAUCAGAGCGCGCCAAGCUGAGUCCUGCCUGCUUUCUGCAGCAGCCAACGGCGCGCUGACACCUGGCAGCGUGCUGGAGGUGGUGAGGGCAGUGCGGGGGGAGGUGAUUGAUCCGCCCCGGAAGAGCCUGCAGCACGGCGAUGGUGCUGCUGCUGCUUCUGCUACUGGUGCUGCUGGCGGUAGCGUGAGUGGAGACGGAGUGAGGGGCAGCAGCGAGCAGCAGCACGUGGUGAUGAGGGGGCAGCAGGUGUACAGCGUCACCAACGACGUCUUCCCUCUCGCUUUGCCCCUCCCCAAGCUGGGCGUCGACCUGCAAGCCACAGGUGCAUCAUUCAUCAUCGCCCUUCCCUUGGCCCCCCCACCGUCUCCCAUGCUGCCUCUUCCCGUAAACCAUCCUCAUUCCCCCCAACCACCCUCGCUCUGCCCACUAAAGGAGAUUCUCCUUGCCACUACUCGUGUUCCCACCUCUCGUGCUCCACAGCCUACACCCACCCACUUCAGCUCUCCCUUCCACCCCUAUACCCCUUAUUAUACCUUCUAUCUCCUGCUGCACCGUUUAUCUCUUCCUCCCCACACCCUUCUUCCCCCCCCCCCCCCCCAUUUCCCCCCUCCCCUCUUCCCCCACUCCCCCCCUGCAUCCCCACCAGGCCAUGCGAUUUUCGUGGGCGACAUCCCAGUGCCAGCCUUUGAGGCGCCUCCAAAAUCGCCAUGCAAUAUUCGCCAUGCGAUCUUCGUGGACGACAUCCCAGUGCCGUCCUCCUGCCUGUACGCCGCCUUUGCCGUCUCCACGCACGCGUCUGCGCGCAUCACGUUGCGCUGCUACACUGCAGCGCUCGCCUCCCCGGGCGUGGUAGCAGUGCUGGACGCCUCGCACCUGCCCCCGGGUGGGGCCAACGUGGGCUCGAACCUCCUGGGCUCGGUUGACCCGCUCUUUGCUGAGGGGCGCUCCGAGUAUUACGGCCAGCCGCUGGCUCUUGUGGUUGCUGACUCGUACCGCCAUGCACAGGAAGGCGCACGCAAGGUGAUCUGCACGUAUGACUCCUCCCCUCCACCCGCUGCUGCUGCUCACAAGCCAGAAGCAGAACGACCAGCAUCAGGACCAACAGCAGCAGCAGCAGCAACAGCGGCUGAAUCUGGGUCACCUGCAGGCGAGGCGAGUGGUGGCACUGCCAUUCUGACCAUAGAGCAGGCGGAGGCUGCCGGGUCCUACUUUCCCCUCAACCCCAUGUUCGCCAUGGCCCUGCCCCGCCGCGGGAACUUCCAGGAAGCCUUCGACAAGAGCCCUCUGAAGAUCACCGGAGCCGAGGUGCGCUCGGGCUCGCAGCAGCACUUUUACAUGGAGCCGCAGGUGGCGAUGGCAGUACCAGACGAGGGAGGCACACUCACUGUGUACAGCGCGACUCAGUCCCCGCAGUUCACACAGGAGAGCGUGGCUGCGGCUCUGGGGCUGCCGGUCAGCUGUGUGCGUGUCGUCACUCGCAGGCUGGGAGGCGGGUUUGGCGGCAAGGCGUGCCAGUCGAAUUGGGUGGCAGUGGCAUGUGCGCUGGCAGCGCAGCACCUGCACCGCCCUGUGGCAGUGGCAUGUGCGCUGGCAGCGCAGCACCUGCACCGCCCUGUGGCAGUGGCAUGUGCGCUGGCAGCGCAGCACCUGCACCGCCCUGUGCGCAUGGCACUAGAGCGCAAGGCAGACACGGCCCUGGUGGGCGGCCGGCACGAGGCAAGGGUCCGCUACGACGUGGGGUAUGACGAGACUGGCCGCGUGCAUGCGCUGCGCGUGAGCAUGGUGCUCAAUGCUGGAUGCACUCAGACCAUGAGCAACUGGCUGCCGAUGAACUAUGGGGCCGCCAUCACACAAUACGACUGGGGCGCACUGCAGAUUGAUCUGAAGAUUGCCAAGACCAACCUACCCACGCGAGUGACAGUGAGGGCGCCAGGCGAGGUGCAGGGAGUGCUGGUGGCGGAAACAGUGAUGGACCAUGUAGCUGCUGCUCUCAACCUAGAUCCAGUGCUAGUCCGUGAGCGUAACCACAUAACCACCGACUCUCUCCGUGCCUUCUUCCCCCGCGGCUUUCCUCCUGCUGCUCCUGCGGAGGAGGAAAAGGCGGAGGAUGAGGGUGCGAUCGCAGAGAGAGUGUGGCGGGAGGUAAAAGCCCUCGCCAGCUACAGCAAGCGAGUGGACGCAGUACAGGAAUUCAACGCAGCACACAAGUGGCGUAAGAGAGGACUCGCCAUUGCUCCAGUGCACUACAUGGUCCCUAUCAUGGGCAAGCCUGCACGGGUGACUGUGUUUGGUGAUGCGUCAGUGGUAGUGGAAACCGGAGGAGUGGAGAUGGGUCAGGGGCUGUUCACCAAGGUGCGGCAGGCUGCUGCCAACUCCCUCAACCAACUCUGGCUCAGCAGCAGCAGCAGCAGCGGUGGGAAUGGCAGUAGCGGCAGGCCCAUGGAUGGGUAUGGAGUUGACGUGAGCUGUAUCCGAGUAGUUGAGAACGACAGCAUAUCCAUGGGCAAUGCUGGUUUGACUGCUGCUAGUUCCACGUCCGAGGCCUCCUGUGCUGCCAUCCAGCUGGCCUGUGACCAGCUCCUCCCUCUUCUGCAAGCCGCCAAAGCAGCAGCAGAAAAGGCCAAGGCGUGCAAGCGCCUGGGGGUGGCAGGCGGAGGACCAGGGGGGAUGUUUGGGGGCGGAGGAGCAGCAGCAGGGGUUGAUGUGGUGGUGGGGGAGGAGGAUGUGGCAAGCUGGGAGGAGGUUGUGGGGCAGGCCAAGGCCAUGCGCUUGUACCUGUCUGCUCAGGCUAAUUAUCAGCCCAAGCCUCCUGCUGGAAGCUUUUUCCUCUCCUACUUCAACUUUGGAGCUGCCGUUUCAGAGGUGGAGGUGGAUGUGGUGACAGGGAGUGUGAGUGUGCUGCGGUGUGAUAUCCACUAUGACUGUGGUCGCAGCCUCAACCCUGCUGUGGACAUAGGACAGGUGGAAGGAGCGUUCGUGCAGGGGCAGGGAUUCUUCACGACAGAGGAGGUGGUGGUGGAUGAGGCAUCAGGCAGGCUGUUGACGGAUGGCACGUGGUCCUACAAGGUGCCAUCGUUUGACACUACACCUCGCCAGCUCAACGUGUCUUUGCUGCAGGGCGCAGGCAACGACCGUGGCGUGCUCUCCUCCAAAACAUCUGGGGAGCCCCCCCUCCUUCUCGCUGUUUCGAUCCACUCAGCCAUUCGCUAUGCCAUUGCUGCUGCACGUCGCGAGUUCGCUGACCCCCACACGGAACCUGGUGCUACUGGCAGUGAUGAGUUCGUGCGGUUGGAUUCCCCAGCCACCAUGGCUGUGGUUCAGCAGGCAUGUGGUUCGCAUAUAGUGGAAGCUUACCUGGAGAAGCAGCUUAUGACUUCACCUGCUGCAGUAUCUGCUGCUGCUGCUGCUGGAGGUACUGGUAACUAG